AUGAUCAAGUUCGCUUUGGCCCUGACGCUCUGCCUGGCGGGUGCCAGCCUUUCGCUGGCCCAGCACAAUCCCCAAUGGUGGGGCAACCGCAACACCAUCGUCCAUCUCUUCGAGUGGAAAUGGUCGGACAUUGCCGAGGAGUGCGAGACGUUCCUGGCACCGCGUGGCUUUGCCGGCGUCCAAGUGAGUCCCGUGAAUGAGAACAUCAUCUCGGCGGGUCGUCCCUGGUGGGAGAGGUAUCAGCCCAUCUCCUACAAGCUGACCACACGCUCUGGCAACGAGGAAGAGUUCGCCGACAUGGUUCGUCGCUGCAACGAUGUGGGCAUUCGCAUCUACGUCGACGUUCUCCUGAAUCACAUGUCCGGUGACUUUGAUGGCGUGGCCGUGGGCACAGCCGGCACUGAGGCAGAGCCUUCCAAGAAAUCUUUCCCAGGUGUGCCUUACAGCGCCCAGGACUUCCAUCCCAGCUGUGAGAUCACCGACUGGAACGAUCGCUUCCAGGUGCAGCAGUGCGAGCUGGUUGGCCUCAAGGAUCUGAAUCAGCACAGCGAUUAUGUGAGGAGCAAGCUGAUUGAGUUCUUGGAUCACCUCAUCGAGCUGGGCGUUGCCGGUUUCCGUGUGGAUGCCGCCAAGCACAUGGCCGCGGAGGAUCUGGAGUACAUCUACGGCAGCCUGAGCAACCUGAACAUCGAGCAUGGCUUCCCCCACAAUGCCAGGCCCUUCAUCUUCCAGGAGGUGAUCGAUCAUGGCCACGAGACCGUGUCCCGUGAGGAAUACAACGGUCUGGGUGCCGUCACCGAGUUCCGCUUCUCCGAGGAGAUCGGCAAUGCCUUCCGUGGAAACAAUGCCCUGAAGUGGCUGCAAAGCUGGGGCACCGGCUGGGGCUUCCUGAGCUCCGAGCAGGCCUUGACCUUUGUGGAUAACCAUGACAACCAGCGCGAUAUGGGAUCCGUGCUGAACUACAAGUCGCCCAGGCAGUACAAGAUGGCCACCGCCUUCCAUUUGGCCUACCCCUAUGGCAUUAGCCGUGUGAUGAGCUCCUUUGCCUUCGACGAUCACGAUACCCCGCCGCCGCAGGAUGCCCAGGAGAAUAUCAUUUCUCCGGAGUUCGAUGAUGAUGGUGCCUGUGUGAAUGGCUGGAUCUGCGAGCACCGCUGGCGCCAGAUCUACGCCAUGGUGGGCUUCAAGAACGCCGUGCGUGACACCCAGCUGUCCGAGUGGUGGGACAAUGGCGACAACCAGAUCUCCUUCUGCCGCGGCAACAAGGGCUUCCUGGCCGUCAACAACAACCAGUACGAUCUGUCCCAGGAGCUCAACACCUGCCUGCCGGCCGGUGAGUACUGCGACGUGAUCUCGGGCAGCCUGAUCGAUGGCGCCUGCACCGGCAAGUCCGUCACUGUGAACGAGCAUGGCUAUGGUUAUAUCCACAUCGGAUCAGAUGACUUCGAUGGAGUGCUGGCCCUGCAUGUGAAUGCCAAAGUUUAAGUAGUUUUUGUUUUGGGUAACACAGAAAUCUGGGCUUUAUUUUGUCUCAAAUUACAAUAAAAACGAACGCACAUAAUGUACACGGAGGUCUUUAGCUCUAACUUUUCGAAUAUGUAUAUAUGCGAGAGCGGUAACAAAGUAAGACAUUCAACGCGAUUCAAACUGGAACUGGACUUAGACUAACGAAUGCCACGACAACGACAUCCUCUGAAUAUAAAUCUGGGGGGGGAGGGAUAUUGAAUAACAUGUGUAUGUUUGGGACUGGAUCCUGGGCUAGAUCCACAUCCGAUCCAGCUGGCACACUGUAAAACCGCUCUGCAAAUAGAAGAAGUUGGCAUUGUGAAAUUGUAGUUGGAUGCUCUGGCUCCGACUUAUUUUGGCAAACUGUUAUGGUCUCCACUAUGGCGGACUGCCUCUCGCAAGCAUUCAGAGGCGCUACGGAAAAAAAACCGAUCCAAAAUACGAGUAUCUAGCGAGCUGUCAAGCUGACUGACCGAUUGGUUGACUGUUGGUUAGUUUCAAAACAAGCAACUACAAAUCAAAAUAGCAACGCUCUACUUUUAGCAUUCCGAUUAGUUACGAGUGUUUAGCAGAUCAUCAGAUCUUCGGAUCUCCGGAUCCCAGCUGUGUGUUUAGCGAUUACUUAACGAUUUAGUUACCAUUUAGUUGGAAUUAAAUGCUCAUGAUGCGUAAUUACCUGUAAAAUGCUGAUAUCUUUCUGCUUACGAGUAAAUUGAUUUGCUAAAAAGCCAACGUUUCUUACUCACUUAAGAAUAUUACAAGUGUAUAUAUAAUAUAUAAUAUGUAUAUGUUGUAAAUUAUGAUACUUUAGAUACUCCGCUUAAUUGUAGGAUUCUCUUAAACAGGUUUUCUUUUUCACUUUGCAACUAACAAACACAGAGUCCAAAAAUCUUGCUCAGAGUUCAACAUUAAAUAUUAUUUUUGGUAAUCGCGAUAAUUUCCUUCUCUCUAGAUUUUCUUCUUUUUUUUACGAUUUAAGUACGGCCCCAAAUCCAGCUUUAAUUUUAUACAUGCGCAUGCGCAUAAUUUUGCUCUGAUCUUAGUCUUAGGAGUUAACUAGAAAAAACACUUGUGACCUUAUUUUGCAAUAGCAGCGCAGUUCGGUUACAUUUAGAAUUAAAUUGCAUUAGGUUUCUUUGGAAACAUAAUCAGAAUCGGAAUCAGAAUAUAUUAUAUAUGUAUAUCGAUUAUAU